AGACUUGUGCUUGAAGCGUGCCAAGAAACAAGCUUGACAUGAGUAUCAGCACAAAUCCCGUCGGGAAAGUAUGGGUGGAGAACAUGUUUCUGUGGCUUGCCCCGCUCCUUCUCUUCAUCUAUAAGAUGCUGUACGAAUACCUUCCUCCUCCUGCCUUCAUCGCAUGCCUCGUAAUUCCCGCCUUAUACGUCUACCGCGUAACAAAGGAGCUCAGUCCCGUGGAAGCUGCUGAUGAGAUGAGCGCUAAGGAACGGAUGGCGGAAGAGAUGCUUGAGGAGCUCACGAAGGAGGAGGAGGUGAAUGAGAGUAAAAAGAAGAAAGAUAAAAACGAUGGGAAGCACAAGAAGAAGCUGCAAGGAGGAGGGGGAAAGUCUGCAACGAGCGCGGGCGGAACAUCGAAAGGAAAGCGUCAAUCUACCGGAGGAGAUGAAGAUGACGAGGAUGACAUGCUCACUCGCAUGGCCCAGCAACGGGCGAAGAAGGCAGUGAGAUAAUCGAGGCAACGAGCCGUUGCGGAUUCGCGAGGAAUCUCCAUGGAUCUUACCGCGUCGUUUCAAAUCUCACGCUGGCGGGUAGCAAACCAACGAUCUUUUCAAGUAGAUUAAAA